AUGUGUAAGACACGUUUAAUCUCAAACGCAUUCGCUAUGCUGCGUAUGAAAUGGAGUAUGAUGACCAUGACUCGGAUCAAAAUAAGGAAGGAGCAACAAGACUUGCUAUUUUGCUAUGACAUCCUUAAAUCAGUCUCUCGCUCCUUUGCAAUGGUAAUCACGCAGUUGACGGAUUCCGCAUUGCGGGAUAGCAUCUGCAUCUUCUACCUCACCCUGCGCGCAUUAGACACGAUCGAGGAUGACAUGAGCGUGCCCAUGAACAUGAAGUUGGAGGAGCUGAAGAAGUUCAGCAGCCAUCUAGAGGAUCCGGAGUGGAGAUUGACCGACGUCGGUGAAGGUUGCGAGCGUAAGUUGUUGGCGCAGUUCCCUUGUGUGGUGCGAGAAUAUCGAAAGCUCUCGAAGGAAUAUCAGUCUGUCAUCUCCGACACGUGCGAACGGAUGGCGGAGGGCAUGUGUGAGUUCCUGCAGCGCUCGGUGAACACGCAGGAGGACUACGAUCUUUACUGCCACUACGUCGCCGGGCUGGUAGGGCAUGGCCUCACACGACUGUUCGCACGCACAGGCUCUGAGAGUUCAUGCGCGGCUGAGGACCUCAUUAACGCCAACCACAUGGGCCUUUUUCUACAAAAGACGAAUAUCAUCCGGGAUUAUUACGAGGACAUUCUUGAGGAGCCGCCACGGAUGUUUUGGCCGGAAUCCAUUUGGAGUCGUUACGUGAAGGAGCUGAAGGACCUGUGGUGGGCCGACGCUACAGCCCUGCAAUGCUUAGAUGCGAUGGUCUCGGAUGCCCUGCGGCAUAUACCGUAUGUUAUCGAAUACGUGGUAUCCCUCAAGGAUCUCUCCGUAUUCCGCUUCUGUGCUAUCCCACAGCUGAUGGCCAUCGCCACGCUCUCCAAGGUCUACCACAACGCCGACACUUUUAAAACCAAAGUUAAGAUAUCACGGCCUGAGUCCUGUCGUAUUAUGGUCGAUUGCCGUAGCGUUUAUGACUUUGUGUGCAUAUUCAGCGAGUAUUGUGAGCACUUUCUGAGUAGAUUGGAGGAUGGUGACGCCAGCACACCACGACUCCGCGAGAUCCUUAUUCGGACCAUAAAUACCCUUCAAAACUACAAAAAGCAGUUCCUUCCGGCGCCGCACAUGCGCAGUCUCUUGACUCACUAUCUAGGCUUGAGAGCUCGCUUUUUUACACCACACGCUUGA